AUAAAGAGUUAGAUAUCUAUGCAAUCUUCUUUACUGAAGUGACUAAGUUGUAUAAAAGGAACAUUUCCUCUUUUAUUUUAUCAUAAAAACCUUACUCAGUGAAAAUGGCUCAUUUAAAUUAUUUUUUGCAUAUUCUGGGAAUGAUUUUUUUGCAAAUGUGUUUGGUCUAUUCUUCUUGCAAAAAUGUAAAGGAGCUGAAAGGAACAAUUUCGAAUUCCUACACCGUGAGAGGCGGCAGCCUCUACCAUAGAUGCUGGACUCUGAAAAAUCCAGACAAGAAUGUGAUUUUCAUUCAACUUAAUAACAUCAGUUUACAUAAUAGGCCUGCUUCAAAAGGUGUCUUAACAAUGAAAUUCCUGUCUGAUUCCAAAACUGUCAAUGUUUCGUCCGAAUCUCAAUUGGGUAAUUUUACAACCACUUCUUCUGUUGUCGAAAUCCAUUUUAAGGUGAAUUCAGCUCAUUUUACCAGUGGACAGAAAACAAGUUUUUCAUUGUAUUUCAGUCAAGACUGCAAUCGAAUACUGACUGAGCUUACUGGAAAUCUAAGCAGUCCACAUUACCCAAGUAGCUCACCGACUGACGCACAAUGCAUUUACAGAAUAAGAUUGACACCAGGAUACCUCAUCAAUAUUACUUUUCAAAACAUAGAUAUAGGUCUCGACGAUACAUGUGAUAAAGGUAAUUUACAGGUUUAUGAUGGCGAUGACCAAGAGAGCCCUCUAGCUGCCGAACUAUGUGGAGUUAUUGCAUCAUAUCCUAUCAUAUCGACAAACAAUUACUUAUGGAUAAAAUUUAAAUCUUAUUGGUUAUUUGGUUCGUCAUUUUCAGCUAACUACAGUGCUGUAAAAAUUUUUGAAAUGCCUACAAAUAUUGAUGAACCAGAAGAAGUUAGUGAAGUAAUUACAGAUAAUUCUGAAGGAAAUUUCCAAACUUCUACCACAGAAGAUAAUUUGGAAUCUAGAUCUAAUGCACAAGAAGAAUGUAAAUGUCCAACUGGAACCACAGAUUUAACGAUGAAGGAUGUCUUAAAAAUGGAAGUUAAGGAACACCAUUGUCGUUCAGAAGUUAUAAAACUCCAAGAAAAUGUUUUAGAACUCCAGAAAACUGUUCUGGAACUUCAAAAGAAAGUCUUGGGUCACCAAAAAAGAUAUAUCGAUUUGUUAGAAGAUAAGAUAGCAUCAAGAUCCUGAAAUAUGCUGGACAUGAGAGAUGGAUGAAAAUGUGACAAUUGUGUCUUUGAGAACAAGGCCCAGCAAACGCUGUAUUUGACUACAAUCUUUACGCAUUACGCUGGAAUUUUUUUUUUUUUAAAACUCUUUAACUGUUAAAAAACUUAAGUUUUCUUAUAAAAGAGAGUAAAAAUAAAAUAUCUUAGUUGACUUCGCUGUUCGAAUAA